AUGACGAUCCACACGGGGGAACGCCCCUACGUGUGCGGGGUGUGCGGGAAGAGCUUCAACACCAGGUCCUACCUGAUCGUCCACCAGAAGAUGCACAACGGCGAGAGGUCCUACGAGUGCGGGCUGCCCUACGAGUGCGAUGUGUGCAAGAAGAGGUUCCAGAGCAGCUCCACGCUCCGUGGUCACCAGAAGAUCCACACCGAGGAGCGGCCGUUCCGCUGUCCCGACUGCGGGAAGGGGUUCAGGGAGAACUCCACGCUCACCACCCACCGGAGGGUCCACACCGGGGAGCGUCCCUACGCGUGCGGGCAGUGCGGGAAGAGCUUCAGCACCAGCUCCUACCUGGUGGUCCACCAGAGGACGCACAGCGGGGAGAGGCCCUACGAGAGCCACACCGGGGAACGUCCCUACGAGUGUCCUCAGUGCGGGAAGGGCUUCACCAACAGCUCCAAUCUGAUUGUCCACCAGAGGAGCCACGCUGGGGACAGGCCCUACGAGUGCGAGCAGUGCAAUCGGAGGUUCAAGAGCGUCGGGGAGCUCGUGGUGCACCAGCGCUCACACGUGGAGGAGAAGCCGUUCCGCCUUCUGGAGGGUGGGCAGAGCUUCAGUGACAACUCCAAGCUGGUGAAACCCCGGUUCAUCCACCGUGAGAAGCGUGAGGAGAACUUCCGUGGGAGCUCCAGCCUGGUCGUCCACCAGAGGGCUGAGGAGAGACCCUAUGAGUGUGAGGAGAACUUCAGUGGGAGCUCCAGGCUGGUCAUCCACCAGAGGGACGACAUCGAGGAGAGACCCUACGAGUGUAAGAACUUCAAUGAGAGCUCCAGGCUGAUUGUCCACCAGAAGGACCACGCUGAGGAGAGGUGUGAGAACUUCAGCAAGAGCUCCAGCCUGGUUGUCCACCAGAAGGACCACGCCGAGGAGAACUUCAGUGGGAGCUCCAGCCUGAUCAUCCACCAGAGCGACCACGUUGAGGAGAGACCCUACGAGUGUGAGAACUUCAGAGAGAGCUCCAGCCUGAUCAUCCGCCAGAGGGACCACGCUGAGGAGAGACCCUAUGAGUGUGAGAGGAACUUCAGUGGGAGCUCCAGGCUGAUCGUCCACCAGAAGGACCACGCUGAGGAGAGGUGUGAGAACUUCAGCAAGAGCUCCAGCCUGGUUGUCCACCAGAAGGACCACGUUGAGGAGAACUUCAGUGAGAGCUCCAGCCUGGUUGUCCACCAUAGGAACCACACUGAGGAGUGUGAGGAGAACUUCAGUGAGACCUCCAACCUGGUCAUCCACCAGAGCGACCACGUUGAGGAGAGACCCUACGAGUGUGAGGAGAUCUCCAGCCUGGUCAUCCACCAGAGCGACCGCGUUGAGGAGAGGCCCUACGAGUGCGACCAAUGCCACCAGAGGUUCUACACCACCGCCACGCUCCUCAAGCACCGGCGCAGCCACGCCGAGGAGCGGCCGUUUCGCUGCCCCGACUGCGGGAAGAGCUUCAAGAGCAGCUCAGCCCUGGUGGUCCACCAGCGCAUCCACACCGGCGAGAGGCCCUACGAGUGCGACCGGUGCUGGAAGAGCUUCCACACCGCGUCCGAUCUCCUCCUCCACCAGCGCGUCCACACGGACGAGAGGCCCUUCCGCUGUCCCGACUGCGGGGUGGGAUUCAAGCACAACUCCACGCUGGUCAAGCACAGGAGGACCCACACCGGAGAACGUCCCUACGUGUGCUGGCAGUGCGGGAAGAGCUUCAGCGCCAGCUUCAGCCUGGUUGUCCACCACAGGAGCCACACCGGGGAGCGGCCCUACGAGUGCGGGGAGUGCGGGAAGAGCUUCUCGCAGAGCUCGGGGCUGGUGGCCCACCGGAGGUGUCACACCGGGGAGCGGCCCUACGAGUGUCCCCGGUGCGGGAGGAGCUUCUCGCAGAGCUGCAAUUUGGUCAAGCAUCGGUGCAGGGCGCGGGAGGAGCUUCGCGAGCUGCUCCAGGUCCGUGGCCCGCAGGAGAAGCCGACCUGGGUGGUCCCCGGUGGGCGGAACGCAGGUUUGGAGGACACCUGGGGGAAGCGUGUGGGCGUGGCCUGCCCUUCCACCCUCCUUGCCUUUACUGUGGGGGGGCAGCGCGCCGCGUUCCCAUUGGCUGUUCCUUCUGUGGGCGGAGCCCUAGGAGCCGCGCGCGCGUCCCUCCGCUCGCCUCUCAUUGGCCGCGCCGGCGCCGGCUCGCCGCGCCAUUGGCUGAGCGCGAGCGGUGGGCGGGGCGGCGGCGUGGGGCGGGACGCGCAGGCGCGGGCCCGGCGCUCCCUGAGGCGGCGGCGGCGGCUCCGGCGGCUCCUUUGUUCCCCCUGCCGGCACCGGGCUCGGAAUCGCGUCGGGAUCGGGCCGGGAUGA